AUGAGAACUCUAGGUCUGUGUCCUGGUUCGAAGGAUACGAUAGAAAUGGUGUCAAGUCUUUCCAGCGCGAAGUCCACCUUCGGGACUCCCUGCGGUGCAGGUGGUAAGGACAGAGCAGUCGAGAUGGGCCAAGUUGUGCUGGAGGAAAACGACAAUUUUCGCCAUGCGACCAGGUACACUAGGGCCGACGCCGAGGAUAUGCGGCGUAUGGGACGAGAUCAGGAGCUCGUUCGAAACUUCCGGAUGUUUUCCGUGGCAUCGUUUGCGGCCAUUAACACAGCCAUUUGGGAGUACAGCAUAUUCCAAAUCACGCCAGCUCUCACAAACGGCGGAAACCCAUCACUGCUAUACUCAACUAUCUGGAACUUUAUUGGCUUUGGCCCAAUAUACCUCAGCAUGGCAGAGAUGGCUAGUAUGGCCCCUAUCGCCGGAUCUCAGUAUCACUGGGUGAGCGAGUUUGCGCCAGAAAGCUGGCAGAAAGGAUUAAGCUACGUGAGUGGCUGGACUUCCACUUUGGGUUUGCAAGCCGGAAAUGCAAUGGGCAAUCUACUCGUUGGAACUCUACUGCAGACCGUUAUUGCUGUGAAUAAUCCCGAAUACGAUUCCCCGCUCUGGCAAGGAACGCUCCUUGUUCUCCCAGCUCUUAUCAUGGCUUUCCUUGGCAGCGUUAUAGGCCACCGGGCCUUGCCUUACUGGCAGAACGCAGCGUUUGCAGUUCACAUUAUAGUGUACUUUACCAUCAUUAUUCCAGUCUGGGUUAACGCACCCAUGGCUACGUCUAGUUAUGUCUGGACCGGCUUUGAGAAUUCUGGCGGUUGGCCUAGCAUGACUCUAGCUAUCUUAAUUGGCCAACUGUCUGGUACUACCUUUCAAGUUGGCAUUGACGCGGCUACACACAUGUCAGAGGAAGUUAGAAAUGCUGCUAGGUCAGUCCCGAGGGCAAUGCUUAGUGUCUACGUCGCCAACUUCAUCAUUCUCUUUCCUAUGCUGGUGACCCUUUGCUACCACAUCCCUGACAGCAGUGUGGCUCUCAACGACAAAACAUCCUACCCUACCAUAUAUGUACUUCGACAGUCAAUGUCCCAGGGAUGGGUUACAGCCGUACUGCUUGCGACGAUCGCAAUACUGGUCUCAUCUAACGUUACACAACUUACCGCUACAAGUCGCGAUCUCUACGCCUUUUCCCGUGACAGGGGACUACCAUUCUCGGCCUGGAUCUCGCAAGUGGACAAACGACGUAAUGUGCCAACGAACGCUGCUAUUGUAACUAGCUGUAUUAGUCUAUCCCUGUCUCUUAUUUACAUCGGCAGCUCUGUUGCAUUCUACGCAGUCACAUCGCUGUUUACUGUCGCUCUUAUACAGUGCUAUACUCUUAGCAUUGCCUGCAUAUUGUGGAGAAGGAUGUACUACCCCAACACACUCCCCUAUGCACAGUUCUCUCUGGGCAAAUACGGAAUCCUCAUCAAUUUAUUGGGAGUUAUUUAUGGAGUUUGGUCCUUUUUCUGGUGUUUUUGGCCGGAGAGCAGCCCUGUCACAGCAGAAGGCUUCAACUGGGCGUCGCCCCUAUUCGUUGGUACUCUACUUGGAGCCCUGGCUCACUACGGAUUCAUCGGCCGCCACAGGUACUCUGGCCCGGUAGCUUUGGUGGAGGGACGUAGGGAAUCUUAG